UGGCGGUGCUGCCUGCAGUCUGACACGCAAAUAAAUAAAAACAAAAGUUUAGUAAUCUGGCAGCCUUAGGCUGUAUUACAUGCAUUUGGGGUUUUUUUCUGUUGACCCCAAAAAGCUGGUACAGGGACAGGGGGGAAAUGUUUGCAUAGAUUUUAGUUAUUUUGUGAAAAGUUAACUUAGCCAAUAUGAAAUAAGUUAGCAAAUAUAUAGCUGUCUGUGCUAAACAUUCAGCAUUCAUAUCAAGCUGGAUUCAACCUAAAUGUACUAAAUCUGAAGCGAGUUCACGAAAGGAUGUCGGACUCAGACAGUGACGAGGACCAAGAUCGCCCUUUCUCUCUAACUGGCUUCCUCUUUGGAAACAUAAAUGAGGAUGGGCAGCUAGAAGAUGACAGUGUUUUGGACAAUGAGUCCAAAAAGCAUCUGGCUGGGUUGGGUACUCUGGGUCUGGGCUCCCUCAUUACAGAGAUCACUGCUAAUGAGGAGGGGGAUCAAGAGGAAAACAGAGACCCUGGAUGUGUGGAUUCAGAAGGUUGGGUGAAAAGCACGGAAGAUGCAGUUGAUUAUUCUGACAUCAGUGAGGUUGCUGAGGAUGAGACAAAGAAGUACCGCCAGGCCAUGGGGUCUUUGCAGCCCAGCAGGAAAACAGAUGAUGAGGAUGACUAUGAUGCUGACUGUGAGGAUAUUGAUUCUAAGCUCAUGCCUCCUCCGCCACCACCAAGUCUUCCUACAGCUGCAAAGAAAGAGGAGCCCACCUCUCAAAGCCCAAACGCUGGAGAAGAGGGUGAUGGCAUCAUCCUGCCCUCCAUCAUUGCGCCAUCCUCUACUGCUGAUAAAGUUGACUUCAGCAGUUCCUCAGACUCAGAAAGUGAGGCUGACCGUCCCUGCCAGGGCUCGGGGUCUGGGGGUGCCCAAGACAGGCUCUGCCUCCCUCUCGCUGGCAUCAUGCAGAAAGAUGCUGCCAAAGCACUGCCAGGUGUCACAGAGCUCUUCCCAGAGUUUAGACCUGGAAAGGUGCUUAGGUUCUUACGACUCUUUGGUCCUGGAAAGAACAUGCCGUCAGUUUGGAGGAGUGCCCGCAGGAAGAAGAAGAGGAAGCACAGAGACCCUCAGCCGGGGACACCUCCUCCAGAGGGAGAGCCCACUGAGCAAGGCCAGGAGAAGAAGUCUGGAUGGGAUUAUGAGUACGCACACCCUCCAGCCCCAGAGCAGUGUCUCUCAGAUGAUGAGAUAACCAUGAUGGCUCCGGUAGAAUCAAAGUUUUCACAAACUUGCGGCGAUGGUGACAAGGAAGCAGAGUCUCGACCUAAAGUGGCAGAAUGGAGAUAUGGUCCUGCUCAGCUCUGGUACGACAUGCUAGGCGUCCCUGAGGAUGGAAGUAACUUCAACUAUGGGUUCAAACUAAAAGAACUGGACUUGAGUGAGCCUGAGAACCAGGAUCCGCCUAAACAAAUAACAGAGGUUGUACAAGAGGUACAGCUGUUACACAAUGACACUGAUGCUAAUGCUGACGCUGAUACUGAUGGUGAUGGAGAUGAUGAUGAAGACAGAAUCAAGGACAGACAGGCCCUUGAGAAUGAGCUCUUCCUGAUGGUCACUCAGCUGCAAUGGGAGGAUGACAUUAUUUGGAAUGGAGAAGAUGUAAAACACAAGGGCACCAAGACGCAGCGAGCAAGCCUGGCUGGAUGGCUGCCGUCUAGCAUGACGCGCAAUGCCAAUGCUUACAAUGCACAACAGGGACUGACUAGAAGUAAUUCCCAGUUAGUGCCACCCACACCUCCACCAAUGCCCAAAGUUUCCUCGAUCACAGGCUCCAAGAGGGAAAAAAACAGCCAUGAUAAUCAUGCCUCUCACGAAGAAGACUCUCCCUGGUUCUCCAUUUUCCCUAUUGACAGUGAGGAGUUGGUGUAUGGACGCUGGGAAGACAACAUUAUCUGGGAUGACCAAGAGAUGGAUCACCUUCUUAUGCCACCUGUUCUUACACUAGAUCCCAAUGAUGAGAAUAUCAUUCUAGAAAUUCCUGAUGAAAAGGAGGAGAUGACGUCCCACUCCCCAUCAAAAGAGAAUAAGAAGGAAUCAGCGCUCAAAAAGAGCCGCAUCCUGCUGGGGAAGACUGGAGUGAUAAAAGAUGAGCCACAGCAGAACAUGUCCCAGCCUGAGAUGAAGGACCCCUGGAACCUCUCCAAUGACGAGUUCUACUAUCCCAAACAGCAGGGCCUGAGGGGCACGUUCGGUGGCAACAUCAUUCAGCACUCCAUCCCGGCACUGGAGCUGAGGCAGCCCUUCUUCCCUACUCAUAUGGGACCUAUGAAGCUGCGCCAGUUCCAUCGAUCGACCCUGAAGAAGUACUCUUUUGGAGCGUUGGCUCAGCCGGGCCCCCACCCCGUCCAGCCACUGCUCAAACACAUCAAGAAGAAGGCCAAGAUGCGGGAGCAAGAGCGUCAGGCAUCAGGAGGAGGAGACAUGUUCUUCAUGCGAACCCCGCAGGACUUGACAGGCAAAGAUGGAGAUCUGAUCCUGGCUGAGUACAGUGAAGAAUACGCCCCUCUCAUCAUGCAAGUUGGCAUGGCCACUAAGAUCAAAAACUACUACAAAAGGAAACCUGGAAAGGAUCCUGGAGCACCAGACUGUAAAUAUGGAGAGACUGUAUAUUGCCACACAUCGCCUUUCCUGGGUUCUCUGCAUCCUGGACAACUGCUACCGGCGUUUGAAAACAACCUUUUCCGCUCCCCAAUCUACCUGCACAAGAUGCCAGAGUCAGAUUUCUUGGUUCUACGAACACGACACGGCUACUACAUCAGAGAGAUUGUGGACAUUAUUGUAGUCGGUCAGGAGUGCCCCUUGUAUGAAGUUCCAGGGCCCAACUCCAAACGAGCCAAUACCCACAUCAGAGACUUCCUCCAAGUGUUCAUUUACCGCUUAUUCUGGAAGAGCAAGGAUCGGCCCCGCCGGAUCCGCAUGGAGGAUAUAAAAAAAGCUUUUCCAUCACACUCAGAGAGCAGCAUCAGAAAACGACUAAAACUCUGUGCCGACUUCAAACGUACAGGGAUGGACUCGAACUGGUGGGUUCUGAAGCCUGACUUCAGGUUGCCUACUGAGGAAGAAAUCCGAGCCAUGGUGUCUCCAGAGCAGUGUUGCGCUUAUUACAGCAUGCUGGUGGCAGAGCAGAGACUCAAGGAUGCCGGAUACGGUGAGAAAUCAUUCUUUGCUCCGGAGGAAGAGAAUGAAGAAGACUUUCAAAUGAAGAUUGAUGAUGAGGUGCGGACAGCUCCGUGGAACACAACAAGAGCCUUCAUCUCUGCCAUGAAGGGGAAAUGCCUGUUGGAGGUGACAGGUGUGGCUGAUCCUACAGGCUGUGGAGAAGGUUUCUCCUACGUCAAAGUGCCCAACAAGCCCACCCAGCAGAAGGAUGACAAAGAGCCACAGCCUGCCAAGAAGACUGUGACAGGGACAGACGCUGAUCUGAGGAGACUCUCACUGAAGAAUGCCAAGCAGCUGCUGCGCAAGUUUGGUGUUCCAGAGGAAGAAAUCAAGAAGCUCUCCCGCUGGGAGGUGAUUGACGUGGUGAGAACCAUGUCCACGGAGCAGGCUCGUUCUGGAGAGGGACCCAUGAGCAAGUUUGCCAGAGGCUCUCGUUUCUCCGUUGCUGAACACCAGGAGCGUUACAAGGAAGAAUGCCAGAGGAUCUUUGACCUGCAGAACAAGGUUUUGGAGUCGACAGAAGUGCUCUCCACAGACACAGACAGCAGCUCGGCAGAGGACAGUGACUUUGAGGAGAUGGGAAAGAACAUUGAGAACAUGCUGCAGAACAAAAAGACCAGCUCCCAGCUGUCCCGCGAGAGGGAGGAGCAGGAGAGAAAGGAGCUGCAGAGGAUGUUGAUGGGCGACGAGAGCGACCGUGACAACAAGGGACGCAAGGAGCGGCGCAAGGGCUUGUCAAGUUCCUUGUCCACCGGCUCCCACAAGGAUGACGACACAUCCUCCGUCACCAGCCUCAACUCCUCAGCCACGGGAAGGAGACUCAAGAUUUAUCGCACCUUCAGGGACGAGGACGGCAAGGAAUAUGUCCGCUGCGAGACAGUGCGCAAGGCUUCAGUCAUCGAUGCCUACACCAGGAUCAGAACAACCAAGGAUGAUGAAUUCAUACGAAAGUUUGCUCUCUUCGAUGAGCAGCACAGAGAAGAAAUGCGGAAGGAGCGCCGGCGUAUUCAGGAGCAGCUGAGGAGGUUGAAGCGAAAUCAGGAGAAGGACAAGAUCAAGGGACCUCCAGAGAAGAAGGCCAAGAAGGUCAAAGAGAGACCAGACCUCAAGGUAAAACUAAAGUGUGGAGCAUGUGGAGCCAUUGGGCACAUGAGGACCAACAAGUUCUGCCCGCUGUACUAUCAGACCAACGCCCCACCUUCUAACCCGGUUGCCAUGACAGAAGAGCAGGAGGAGGAGCUGGAAAAGACCGUCAUCCACAACGACAACGAGGAAUUGAUCAAGGUGGAGGGAACGAAGAUCGUGCUGGGCAAACAGCUCAUCGAAAGUGCCGAUGAGGUGCGAAGGAAGUCUUUAGUGCUCAAGUUCCCCAAGCAACAGCUCCCACCAAAGAAGAAGAGACGUGUAGGCAGCGCUGUGCACUGUGACUACCUCAACAAACCGCACAAGGCCAUCCACCGUAGACGGACCGACCCCAUGGUGACGUUGUCGUCCGUGCUUGAGAGCAUUAUCAAUGACAUGCGGGAUCACCCCAAUACCUACCCGUUCCACACACCAGUCAACGCCAAGGUUGUGAAGGACUACUACAAGAUCAUCACUCGGCCCAUGGACCUGCAGACCCUGAGGGAGAAUGUGCGCAAACGAAUGUACCCAUCAAGGGAGGAGUUCCGGGAAGCAGUGGAAGUAAUCGUCAAAAACAGCGCUACUUACAACGGUGCAAAACAUCCAAUAACACAGGUAGCACAGUCCAUGCUGGACCUGUGUGAUGCCAAAUUGAAAGAGAAGGAGGACAGACUGGUGAGACUAGAGAAAGCCAUCAACCCCCUGCUGGAUGAUGAUGAUCAGGUGGCCUUCUCCUUCAUCCUGGACAACAUUGUGACCCAGAAAAUGAUGGUUGUUCCUGAUUCAUGGCCGUUCCACCAUCCUGUCAACAAAAAGUUUGUGCCGGAUUACUAUAAGGUGAUCGUAAGCCCCAUGGAUCUGGAGUCAAUCCGCAAGAACAUCUCCAAGCACAAAUACCAGAACCGAGAUGCUUUCCUCUCAGAUGUCAGUCUCAUCCACACCAAUAGUAUCAAGUACAAUGGUAAAGGCCCAGACAGUCCUUACACCAAGACAGCACUGGACAUUGUUAACGUGUGCAAGCAGACCUUGGCAGAGUAUGAUGAGCACUUGACCCAACUAGAGAAGGACAUCUCCACAGCUAAAGAGGCUGCUCUGGAUGCAGCAGACUUGGAGAGUUUGGACCCAAUGACCCCUGGACCAUACACACCACAGCCUGCUGAUCUGUUUGACAGCGGGGCUUCAGGAAGUCUGCCCAGAGAGACCAGCAGCCUUUUCUCUGAGGGACCUCUAGUGGUUGCUCCAGAGAAGAGAGGGGGGCAGUGCUUCUCAGACUUGACCUUUUACCGUGCUGCCCCUCAGGGUCGCCACGGCCGAAGACCCGGGGAAGAGGAGUCAGAUGUGGACAUUGAAGGCUUUGAGGAGGACGACGAUGGCAAACCCAAGACCCCUGCUCCUGCCGAGGACGCGGAAGGAGAUCUGGAGGACGAGGAUGACGAAGAGGACAUGUUACUGCCACCUCGCCGACGGAUGCACGACCAGGAGGAAGAAGAAGAGGAGGAAGAAGAGGGAGAGGAUGGAAGAUCUAACCGCCCGGCACAAGCCAGCGUCCUGUAUCAGGAUCUGCUCAUGUCUGACGGAGAGGACGAUGCCAGCGAAGAAGAGGGGGACAAUCCUUUCUCCUCCAUUCAACUGUCAGAGAGUGGCAGCGACUCCGACAGAGAGGUGGACGUGCGACCUCCACCUCCACGGAGAGCCCAAGAGACGGCGCGCAUGGGCAUGGAGCAGGAGGAGAGCAUGAUGUCAUAUGAAGGGGACGUGCCUGACGAGCCUCACAUGGAGGACAGCAAUGUCAGUUACGGCAGCUACGAGGAAACGGAGAGCCGCAGUCAGAUGCAGCCCAUGAGCAUGGGCAACGGAGAAGAAUACGGCAUCAGCGAGGAGGAGGAAGAUGAAGAAGAUGAAGCACGAAGGAGAGGCCCAGCGGUGCUCUCUCAGGUCCAGCUCAGUGAGGAUGAUGAGAGUGAAGAGUUCAGAUCUAUCGGGGGAGACAGCGACAUGGACUCUGACAACUAGUUUGUCUUUUUUUUUUUUUUUUUUACACAGUAUCAAGAAAACUGUUUGUAAUCUCAGUUGAAAAUGGAGAAAUGUAAGAUUUCUCAGAUGAAUAUAUUGUACAUUGGUUUUAGUUUGUAAAUGAUGGUUAAUGUUUAUAGCUUCCUCAUGCACUGUUAGGUAAGCUAUACCUUCAGAGUACACAGCAACAUAUUGUAAAUUUCAGUUUGCUUUUUACACGUUGAAUGAAUAUUUCAUGCUAUUAUGUACCUUGAAAUGCAAUUGUGUUCAGUUCUUUUGUACUAUUUUACCUAAUUCACAUCCUAGUUAAACACCGCUGUUGUUUCUCGACAAGUGUCUGCUUCAAAAACAGAAUAAACAUACUGAA